ACAGUGCGUGACUUGCUGCGCCUCUGCAUGGGGAAACGUUGACUUGCGAGGUAGACGCUGAUAUUAUACGCAUAGUUUAUCCGACUUCUGAUUAGAUGGAUUGCUAACAUAAUCGUAACAACCUACAUUUAGUUGUAAUAUAGUAACGGACACAACGGCGAUAGUAAAGAAAAGAUUCGUUUACAUGAUGUAGUUAGCUAGAACCUACGAUGGCUAGCAAGUGAGAUUUGCCUUUUAAAGGUAACGUUAGCUAUCUCCGUCACGUUAGUACUACCUUGCCGAGCUACACAAACUUGCAGGUAACUUGUCUAAAUGGAUAACGAGAUAACGAUACGGCGUUUUAACCGGAUGAUUAUCUGUCUACAUUAGUCUUAAGAUAUAUUUAUAUAGCUUGUAAGUUUUCAUUGAAUUCGAUGUCUUUGAAUCAGGUAUGACACCAGCUAUGCUAGCCAGUACUGUUAGCCAGAGCUGGCUAGCUAGCUAGCUGUCUGUCAUAUGUGUAUGACAGCCAUGGAAAAGUGGUCUCGUUGUAUGCAUCCUAGAUAACAGGUGUAACUUAACUGAUUAGCCCAUUUUUAGAAUUUGUUCCCGGAAAUAUUUGUGUAUGAAAGCUCUUCGGCUGUUGCCAGCUAAGUAAGAUAACCUUAAUAGCCAAGCAUAGUUCAUGCGCCUUACAAUGAAGUUUGGAAUUUCACUGCCACUUCAACAAAUAGCGUCGUAAAUGGUCGUUUCUGCACAACGAUCAUUUUGCCGGUUAUGUCGGAAACGAUUAGGUUAUUUGAGCAUCUGUUUGAGUUUUGAGGGGGUUCCAGAUCGCAGGCGUUGACUACGAUCUGUGCCUUUAUAGAAUAUUAUUACGCCCUCCUAAAGGUAGUCACCGAUACGUUGUGAAAAUGGCAAAAAUUCAACAAGGGAAUGGACUGCUGUCAAGUGAGACAAAAAGCUUUAAAGGCACCACAGAGAGCGUGGACAAGCUUGAUGACAACUCCUCAGACUCUGCUGUCAACGGCCUUGACAACGCUGAAGUACAGACCGACAAAUAUGGAUUCAUUGAGGGUGCUCAGCAGUAUUCUUCAAAUUCCAGCGCUGAAGAUGUCCCGCCAGAGAUCCUCAGGCAGAGGGAGGCCAAGUGGCUGGACAUGCUCAACAACUGGGACAAGUGGAUGGCCAAGAGACACAAGAAAGUGAAGGUGCGUUGCCAGAAGGGUGUCCCUCCCUCUUUGCGCGGCCGUGCUUGGCUCUACCUGUCGGGGGGGAAAGUGAAGAAGGAGCAGAACCUGGGCAAGUUCCAGGAGCUGGACAGUCAGCCAGGUGACCCCCGCUGGCUGGACGUGAUCGAGAAGGACCUGCACCGCCAGUUCCCCUUCCACGAGAUGUUUGUGGCGCGGGGAGGCCAUGGGCAGCAGGAUCUGUUCCGUGUGUUAAAAGCCUACACUCUCCACCGGCCGGAGGAGGGCUACUGCCAGGCCCAGGCUCCCAUCGCUGCUGUUCUCCUCAUGCACAUGCCAGCUGAGGAUGCAUUCUGGGGUUUGGUGCAGAUCUGUGAGAAGUACCUCCCCGGAUACUACAGUGCUGGACUGGAGGCGAUCCAGCUGGACGGGGAGAUCCUGUUUGCGCUGCUGAAGCGCGCGUCCCCCGUGGCGCACCGGCACCUGAAGAAGCACAAGAUCGAGCCCAUCCUCUACAUGACCGAGUGGUUCAUGUGCGCCUUCUCGCGCACGCUGCCCUGGGCCUCGGUGCUGCGCGUCUGGGACAUGUUCUUCUGCGAGGGGGUGAAGAUCAUCUUCCGGGUGGGGCUGGUGCUGUUGAGGUGCAUGCUGGGCUCUCAGGAGAAGCUGAAGGCCUACCAGGGCCAGUACGAGACCAUGGAGCUGCUCCGGCACAUCGAGCCGCGCUACAUGCACGAGACCUUCCUGGUCAACGAGGUGAUUGAGCUGCAGGUGUCCGAGCGGGACGUGGAGAAGGAGCACCUGUCCCAGCUGCGGCGCUGGAAGGAGUCGCGCGGCGAGCUGCACGCCAAGUCCCCCCCCAGGAUGCACGGCGCCCGCGCCAUCAUGAGCGCCGAGCCGCCCAGCCGCCAGGACCUCCGCCAGAACCCCACCAUCAUCGUGGAGUCGCCCGCCACGGCGACCGCGACGACGACGACCGCCACCGCGCCGGCCGAGAACGCCGAAGGACGGCCGGCGUCGUCCGCCGAGGACAAGAGGGGGAAGAAGGGCAAGAGGAAGACGAAGGGGAAGGGAGAGAAGGAGGGAGAGGCGGAGGGCGAGAAGGAGGGCGAGGAGAGGGGACGGACGGCGGAGGCGGCGGCGGAGUUGCCGCCGGUGGAGGUGACCAACCCGUACCCCGCGCUGGCCGAGCCCGAGGACUCGCCGAGCACGCUGGGGUCACAGCAGAGUCUGAGCAGCGCCGAGCACGACACCUACCUGUAGGGUCGGGGGUCAAGGGUCGGGUUGGGGUGGCGUGGUGGGGAGUGGACAUUUGACCCCGCUGCUGACCGCUGACCAGCCACGGACUGCCACGCUGUCGUGACCAAUAUGGGUGUAUCCAUGGAAACCCCCCUGUCCACGUUUUUAACACUCAGGAUCUUUAACUGGAAGGGAGGACUUUUUGAGGACCAAGAGAGGGUGGGUUUACUACCAAAGCUACAGGAGUGGAAGGCAUCAGAUGAGUGGGAGAGACGUGGGGGGGCUUGCUGUCUU